CGAUACCUCGGUGUUCAUUUUGGUGUUUUUAAUACCAUAUGCAUACCACAUGCAUAUAGUGAGUUUACGCAUGUACGACGGUGAUGUCAGGACGACGGCUAUCAAUACAAUGUCAAUAACCCUAUAGCACAAAAGAAAUGAAUAACUAUAAGUCUAGCAGGAGUUUUAGACGUUGUCCAACCUCUGUUGACAACGGCAAAAUGCAUAUUUCACGUCUCGUAUAGUACACUACGCUAGCAUUUCAAGCCGUGACAGGCAAUUUUUCUAGCAAAAUUGAGUUAACCAAAAUUGCUCGGAAGGUUUAAAGCUCUUUUUACUUGUUCAAAACUGUAUUAAAUUCAUACGAAAGUAAAUACAAACAAGAUUUUAGAUUUCCAACCAAUCAUUUAUUUCAAACAGUGUGUUUAGCAGACCGGCGUCGCCGUCUUGCGUGUGUAAUCUCCCUAUUAAUUUCGGAAUGGCGAAUUGUUACUAGAAAUGAAGUGAAAUAUUUUAUUGUUUCAUCAAGGCUGCAGCGUAUUUCAAGAUGAAACUUAUUCUGGUUCCUGUUGAUGAAAAAACAAGGAAAUGUAAUCUUCGAGCUAUGAGACGAGCUAUUACGAAAAAUACGGUUUUGGUGAGUUAUAUACGCGUAAAAAUCUCACAACUUGUCAACAAGAUGUGUUCGCACUGCUUGUUCCUAGUUGUUGACAAGCCUAGAACAAGUUGUUAUCCCCUUGUAACAAGGUUGAUGAGGCCAACAGACUCGCAACAAAUUGUUCCAACAAGUCUGAUAUCGUCUGCAUGUAACAAGUUGUUACCAAGUUGAUGACAACACGCUCGUGGCAACUUGUUACGCAACGUGUUAGUCUUGUUGGAAAAAAAGUCUGUUACCGUCAUCAACCUUGUGACAAGGUGAUAACAACUUGUUCUAGACUUGUCACAACAGCUGGGAACAAGCAGUGCGAAGACAUUCUGAUAUCAGCUUGUCAACAACCUUGUUGCAACUUGUCUGCAUAUCUGUAACAACUUGCGUGGUUUACGUGAGUAGUACACGCACAAGUUGUUACAGAUCUGAAAAUAAGUUGUUACAAAUCUGUUCACAAGCUGUCGACAAGUUGUCAUUGCACUACUUGUUCCAAGUUGUUGUAACAAGUUUGGAACAAACUGUUAACAACUUGUAACAAGCUUGAUGGCAUUAUCAGACUUGUUACAAGGUUGUUCUAACAAGUUUCGUACAGUCAUGAUUUUACAAGAUUGUCACAAGGUUGACGGCACAAGGUUGUAACAAUAUUGUUAUAUCAUGACUGUGUCGGACUUGUUGGAACAACCUUGCAACAAGUCUGAUAAUAUCAACAAGGUUGUUAUACAAGUUGUUAACACCUUGUUCCAAACUUGUUUACAACUUGGGACAAUCAGUGCGAACACAAUGAGUUGCUGGCGGCUUGUUGGUAGACUUGCUGCAAGAUGUGAGAUUUUUACGCGUGUAAGCCUUCGUAUUGUAUAAUUUUGGUAUAGUUUUGUCAUGAGAAAUUCAUUAUUUUGUAGUUGGUUGGUUCAUGCCCAUCGUAUCCUCAUGGUAUCAUCGAUCCCAUUGAAGAAAUUGCUAAGGUAUUUAUCUUUGAAACAAUUUUUAAUAUAUGUCAGCCAUUUUAUUUUUCUUUCAUCUGGCAUACUAUAAAUCUAACUUUAUUUAACUGGUCAACUGUUAAACAUCAGUCACUUAAAUUUUUUUACAAGCUACUGAGUGUUGAUUGAAGCCUUGGCAAAAGUGCAAUCACCAUGAGCAGAUAUAUGUACGCUUAGCGUACCUAUUUUUAUUUCAUGCAUUAGUAGUAGUACACGUAUUGAUGGUUUCUAGUGCAAUUUGGAUAAAAGAUGCACGAGUGAAUUUUUCAAAGGGCAUCAAAAUAGCACGACUCCGAAGGACGAAUAUUACGGCUCCGAAAUCCAAACGAGUCCCAUCGGAUCGGAUUGGUGUCGGAUCGGAUUUGCACAUCUCUAGUAUGCAGCCCCCGUAGUUUAUUUCUAUCCCCAUUAUUCAUUAUGUCCAUUUCUAUACGAUGUAGGAAAUAGAAAGGUUCUCGGGUUUUUUCUUUUAGCUUGGUAAAAAAUACAAUAUUGGCGUUCAUGUUGAUUGCUGUUUGGGUGGAUUUCUUGUCCCGUUUAUGAAGGAAGCUGGGUAAUAACUAUUGAUGUUUAGCUAACAAGGUGUUUGCUUGCCAGAAAUGCAACUAAUUGCCUUGCAUUAUUCUUGUGAUGAAUUUAUAACAAACCAUUCAAAAUGUGUCCCGUGUAUCAAGGAAGCUGGGUAAUUACUAUUGAUGUUUGGUUAACAAGGUGUUUGCCCGCCAGAAAUGCAACUAAUGAUUCUUGUGAUGAAUUUAUACCAAACCAUUCAAAAUGUGUCCCGUUUAUCAGGCUACCCAUAAAUUACUGGAAAGUUCUAUCAGACGUAAUUGUUUUCUCUGAGUCUGGUAAAGAACAUUCCUUAUUGAUCCAGUGUUAUUAUACAGAAGGAAACUUAAACUAAACUAAACUAAUUUUAUUUAUUCUGGAUAGCUUUAUCAGUUUUAAACUGUUCUCCCUAGAGGUUCAAAACUACUUGUAAACUAACUUUAUUGGAUAGCUCUAUCAGUGCUAGACUGUUAUUCGUAUAGAUAUCUAGCACAGGGGCAUUCCUUAUUGAUCUAGCGUUACAACAGGAGGAAAUCUGAACUAAACUAACUUUAUUUAUACUGGAUAUUUUAAUAAAACACAAAACAAUAAACACUCCGAAAAUUGUAAACAUUAUUCUUUUUUGUACUGGAUAGCUCUAUCAAUUCUAAACUGUUCUUCCUAUAGAGGUCUGGUAAGGAUAAUGAUCUCCUAUUGAUCCAGUGUUACUACAGGAGGAAAGCUAAACUGAACUAACUGUAUUUAUACUGGAUAGCUCUAUCAGUAUUAAGCUGUUCUUCCUAUAGAGGUCUGGUAAGGAUAAUGAUCUCUUAUUGAUCCAGUGUUACUACAGGAGGAAACCUAAACUGAACUAACUUGGUUUUAUAUUGUAUAGCUUCAUCAGUUCUUUUUUGAAAUUUUAAUAUUUUUAGUUUUCCAUUGGCGCCAUUUGACUUUUCAGUAGAAGGCGUAACCAGUAUUUCUGCCGACACCCACAAGGUAUUUGGCAAAUUUAACUUUUCUAAGUAUUUAAUGAAGUAUAUGAAUGCAAGAUUGCUUUCGUUAUUAAACAAUGUUUGAUUUUUUCUUAAUAUUACAGUACGGCUACGCUCCUAAAGGUUCUUCAGUCAUUCUAUAUCGUUCGCACGAAUUACGUCAUCACCAGUUCUUUGUUUCCACGGAUUGGACAGGAGGGAUCUACGCUUGUCCAACAAUCCCAGGCAGUCGUUCUGGUGGGAUUAUUGCUGGCUGUUGGACUGCUAUGAUGUAUUUGGGUGAAGAAGGUUAGUACAAUAGAUAUAAUCUCAAACGGCCUGUGCCGCGGUGUAGGUAAUUGCCAAUACGAAAGCUUUAAGGUGAAUCAUCAGUUUUGCAUUGCGCAAUUUUUGCUGCGCAUAUCUAAUAACAAAUCCUAGCUAAUAUAUGUAGUCGAACUGCAAGCUAAAGUGAUAAAAAAAGAGUAAGGGCAAAGAGAAAAAACACCCUGAAACACUGUUAUUGGCGCUAUUAAAAUGCCUGGCAACAGGUUGGUAGCAUCGUUGCCAAUGACUGCACGCCGAUGCUCACCAAACCUUGUCCUCAAAGAUCUUCCGGUUUCUCCGGUAAUAUCCAGUCAACUCUCAUCAAUUCUCAUGCAACUCUUGUUUUCGUUCAACCGUGGCAUCAGAGUCGAGAAAACUCUCAUGCAAACUCUCGUUUCUCAACUCUCACCAACUUUGAGCUGCUUCAAAUUCUAAUAAGAGUUGAUGAGAGUUUUCGCUACGCGCGUGGUAAUAUCCAUUCUCAAACUCAAUAAUUACCUCCGCCAGGAGGUUAUGUAAUCAUCUGGUUACCUCAGCCAGGAGGUUAUGUAAUCAUCUGGGUUUGUGUGUGUGUGUGUGUGUGUGUGUGUGUGUGUGUGUGUGUGUGUGUGUGUGUGUAUGUGUGUAUGUGUGUGUAUGUGUGUGUGUGUUUGUCUGUGAGCACGAUCACUCAAGAAAUAACAAACAUAUCCGUACGAAAUUUUGUUAGUGCAUUUCCCAUCGGCUAAGGAAGAACUGGUUAAAAUUUGGUUGAAUUUGGUUAAAAAUUGAAUGAGAAAUAACAAAAGUUUGUCUUGCUUUUCCCGGUCAAUUAAAUAAAACUUUAUACUGAAUGCGUAAUUAGGACGUGCAUAAUAUAUGCACCAGCCAUUCAAAUUCUAAUAACAAUAGAUUACUUCAAUAUUUUGCGCGUAGGCGGAGGUAUGCAGUCUCUGAGUGCCCUCUAGUUCAUGAGUAAAUUACCCAAGCAUGUUGCUUUAUUUUGCUCACAUGAUAUAUGCUGGAUACCGGGUGAAGUAUAUUGAUCUAAAGGACCGAAUCCAAAUUAAUUCACCUCACUUUAGUAGUGAUUAUUUGUAUGAGAUGUUAUUUAAAAACUCCAAUUUCUCGCAUCUUGAUCCUGUCCUCGUCUUCGCCUCGGGCAUGAUCAAAUUACGCGGACUUGAAAUCUAGUCGAGUCGUCAUAGUCGGAUUUCAAAUAUUACGUCAACUCUCAUGCAACUUUUGUUUUCGUUUGACCUGGGGCACGAGAGUUGAGAAAACUCUCAUGCAAACUCUCGCUUGCCAACUCUCAUGCAAACUCUCGCUUGUCAACUCUCAUCAAUUCUCUAUUGUAUGAAAAAUAUAUUUGAUUGUUUAAUGAUUUCAGGCUACGUUGAUUGUACUAGAAAGAUUAUUGAAACUCGUCAGUACAUCGAGGAAGGGUGAGAACUUAAUAUAUUUGAUUAAUUAGUGGUUUCCUAUUUAUUUUCUAAUAAUGAAAGACAUUGCUUAAUUCUGAUUGCUUCGGACCAGUGCAAUUUUACCUUAUAUUGGCAUCACCCACUAUAUAUACAUGAAGUUGCAGUUAGAGCUUCACAACAGGACUCUGUGGCUCAGUUGGUUAGAGCGCUGCACCGGAAUCGCAGGGCCACAACUUCAAUUCCUGCCAGAGGGCCUGAAUAUAGUUGCAUUCUUCAUAACUGCUCUGGUCAGGGCUAAUAAAUAUAUAAAAUUUACAAUAUGCAUUCUCUUUGUGAUUGUAUUCAAAUUAGUAGGGAUAAUCGUGCCCGUGAAUUCUGGACAUGAGUAACUGUGACAUUGAUUCUAGUUGAUCCAUUUUAAUAAUCUUAGUGUAAAAUUUUUUUCCAAAGAUUGAAUUUUCGAAUUCGAGUAAUAAUUAUAGCUAAACGUCCUGGUCACCAUUAAUACAACGAUCGAAAGGCGACUGAUACAUGCUCUAGUACUGCAACUGUAAUGCAAAAUAUAUUAUAGCUUUAUUAUAUGGCAAGCAUCAGUGCCGGUGAAAUGGCGGACUGUAAUUGGUUGAGAAUCACUUUCAGCGGUCCAUUAUUUUCCCGUAACAGACUGCUGAAAGUGGCGGUCUAAAUCAAAAAGCAAAACUAAUUGAAAAUUUCAAAGUUGUAAUUUAAUUUGUUAUUAAUAAGAUAUCUGCGAAUGGUUUUUAGUGGAAAAGAAGGAUAAUUAGUAAGUUUUGUUUUCUUUGACAAAAUGUGUACCACGCUACUAAUAUGCAUUUCAAAUCAUGCAUUUCUUGUUUGUUUCAAGUAUAAAUGCGUAUAAAUGCGCCAUCAUAAUAAACUUUUUAUUAACCUUGCUUGUUCGGUAUGUAGAAACCUCGCCCUACGGGCUCGAUCUGUACAAAAAUGACCUCGGUCCGAUAUUUUUCUGUACAGACCUCGCGUUCGGUUAAUAAGAAGUUAUUAAUCACCGGAAAUGUUUUUCCAAAAUUGCAUGUGUAUUUCUUCUCUUGUAGACUUCGUAAAAUCAAUGGUAUAUUUGUGUAUGGUGAACCAGAGGUGUCUGUGGUUGGGUUGGGCUCAGAUGAUUUUGAUAUUUUUGGUCUUGGAAAUGAACUCAUUGAAAAAGGAUGGAAUCUUAACUCACUUCAAUUUCCUUCUGGGUAUGAAAAUAAUUUUAAGUAAAGUUUCAAAUUUACAAAAGAUGAGUAAAUUUGCUCAUAAAUUUGAUAUUCAUAAUAUAUUAUGUAAUACCUUAUUUUAUUCUGAUCGUUUAAUUGGCUGUGUAUGGUCACUCUGCGAGUGCAAUGGAAUAAAACGUAUAGUAUAAUCGCACUCUUUGUGUUUUCGAUAAAUCGCAUCCCUCAAAAUGCUUCUCAUAUGAAUCUAUUAGUCUAUUUUGGUAUUAUAUAAAACAAAUAAUGAAUGUUUUUUCGUGCAAUGGUAGGAAUAUUUUCAUUCGGUGAAAGAUGGAAUGUUCCAUCGUUGAAUGGAACAUUCCAUCUUUCACCUCAUGAAAAUAUUCUUACCAUUGCACUCAGAAACAUUCAUUAUUUGUAUACUGUAAGCUCAUAAUAUACUUUAUUCAGGUGCUUGAGUCAAAAAAAGUUUCAGUGCAUCGUUGUGCCGUAAUAGUUGUAGAAGAGGUUGUCAACAAAACACUUAUAGUAAUUUUAUUCUUUAGAAAUAGCUUCAAAAAAACACCUCUACACACGCUGUUAAACAAAACGUUGUGGCUUUUUUGUGUUUAUUGUCUUUAUUUUAUGAAGAUUGAUAGUUUUACUGAUUUUCUUUAUUAGUAUUCAUAUGUGUGUGACGAUGCCCGUGACACAGCCUGGAGUGGCUGAUCAAUUUAUUAAAAAUGUCAAAGAGAGUGCAGAAAAAAUAUUGAAAAAUCCUCAAAAGAAAACCACAGGAGGCGUAAGUAUCCUUAAAGUGCUUAUAUGACACAUAGUUACAAAAACAAAGUUCUAUAUCCACAUAGUCAUUUGCCGGAUUAUUUGAAUUUGAUGGCCUACAGUCUGAACCUCUCGCUCAAUGUAAUUAAUUUUUGUCAUGUUCGCAUUAAAGUGCCCAAGAUACGAAAUUUCAGCCAAUCCUUUCUUGCAUUGCAAAGAUCACUUAAAAUGACUUUUCUUCGCGAGCGGUCCCCACUGCAAGUUACUGACCACUCAGGAGCCAAUCAAAAUGCUAAACAUAAAUAGUCUUCUUUAUUAAUGCAUACUUGUAUACUCUACGAAAAUGCCAGUUGGCAGCUUGUAACAAAAAUUGCCAUUAGAAUGUGACUUUCAGAAAGUUGGCCGGCCGUCUAUCAUUGGAAGCGGCGUUUAAACGAAUAAAUAUGUUUGAUAUAUUUUAGGGUGCUAUUUAUGGCAUGGCUCAACAGAUACCAGACCGAUCCAUGGUCGCUGAAUUGGCUUGUAGUUAUGUCGAUAGUUUAUACAUGACACCAAAACCGACACAGUCUCAAACUAAUGGUCAUGUCAAACAAUAGAGUAUAUUAUUACCUGCCUUUUACUUUGGUAUAACCUAGGGCGACAAGUCCUGAAAGUGCACCUGAUAUAGUUUCUUGGUUACGAUUUACAGAUAUGUUGAAUAAAUAUAAUUUAAUAAUUAUACAAAUCCAUAAUUCUUUUGAUACUGUGAUUGAAGAGAAAAUUCUUUCAGUAAUAAAUAUUUGAAACUUUUUAAAUUUUUAUAUUCAUCAAAUAGGCGCUUGCAGUAAAAUUCAGAAUUUGCCUUAUUCAAUCAAAGUAUCAAACUGACUUAAUUAUUUUGAACUAGUGUUGUGGUGCUGCCUUGAAUUCUCAAACGUAAGUUAGUCUAAGACUGACAACAAACUUUGAAUACCUCAAACAUUAAUUUUUUUAAUAAUGGUUAAUUUUUAAAACAAUAAUUUAAUUUUUUGCACCUCUUUGCACCCCUGUUGACCAAGGCCGACAUGGGUGCACACCCAAUGUCACCCCUCUCCUAUAAAUCCACCACUAGAUUAAACGAGGAUCAAAGUGCAUGCGAGUUGCCAAUCCCGCGACUUUGACUGGAUGUUCUCAAUGCUUUCACAAUUACUAUCAUGUAUUUUAUUUAAAACAUAAUUGGAAAACUCAUCUAUCCUUUAUUUUGUACCAAAGCGCGACUGUCCACUCUCAUCAAUUGUCAUCCUCUUUUGAGUGGGGCACUAAUCUAUAUCAGUCUUCAUCCUUAUUUGGGCAUGGCUGCUGCGGGACAGGACACUUUCAUUAAGGAAAUCGAUUUUAUUAAAAACAUGCUAAAUGAUGUCAGUUUGAUCACAAUUAUUAAUAAUGUGUAACGAAUUGUAAAGAAAAGCAAAAUAUGGGUUGGGGGUAGUUAUACCCUCUCCGACACCAAAAAUUGAAGGGAUACGCCCUCCCCCUUCCCCUCCCACCCCCUGCCAACAUUGACACCCUUGUAUAUAAUAUAGGCAUUAGUUAAUUCAUCAUCUCAUUGUAAUUUGCCUCAUUGCGGGCUGGCAAUCGCUCGGAAAAUUAAUAAAUAUUUUAAACAAGGGAGCAUAAAAAAAUUCGAAAUGAAAAUAAACACCUUGAGAAAUGCUAGAUAUGGGGGCUGCCUGUGUAUUUCUGGGCGUUUAUUUCAAAACUUCAG